AUGCUGGGCAAUGACUAUGUCUAUCUCACCUACAAGUAUCGCGCUACACUCAAUCAAUUAUGUGUCAGUGUUGCUGCCUCAGAUAUCAGUCAUCUUGGCUUCAACACCAUUACAAACUACCUGCAUCAAUUUCCUUGCCUCAAGUGCUUAUCACUGGAUACCUCUUGUCCUAUUGUAUGUGAUGCUCUCAUUCAGGCGUGCCCACAACUGCAAAUGUUGAAACUCAAGGCGCACAGUAGUGGUAUCAGCUUCAAAGUAAUAGGUCAUGAUCGAAACGGCACGACGCCAGCUUUGAAUCUAGCCUCUCAGCUCGAAACUCUCAAGGUCCAUGGCUCUCUCAUGUCUCGACAGUUUUAUCAAUAUCUGAAGCACUGCUGUACGUUCCUUUCUCAUCUGGCAAUCACUUUGGCGCCUGAUGCAGACUUUGAUCCACUCAUCGAUACAUUUGACGCUUUCACUGACGCUCAAGCUUUGACAAUCAACAGCAUCUCAUUGGACAACUACUCCACUGAAGUGAAUGGAUGGAUGCAAAGCCUUGGUCGUUGGUUUCCUCAACUCAAGCAGGUGGAGAUCAAAGGAUUUGACCUGGCAUCUGUUGAAAACAAUCAUUACAAUCUGUCGUUGGACUUCAAUCAGCUAGAUCUCUAG